AUGGAUCUCAAUCUACUGGUAUUUUUGAUUAGCAUAUCCGUUUUCGCCAUCAUUGGAGUGAUUGGGAAUUCUCUCAUUAUUGCCGUUUAUAUAAAAACCAGAAGAAGUUUCUUCAACAGAACUUACAUUGUGGCUCUUUCUAUAGUAGAUCUGAUUGCAGAUUUACUUAUAGCGCCAUACACCGCCGUGUUCGAACUUCAUCUCAUCACCAGUGACGUCAUCUGUCAUGGAAUGGAAGUCAUCAGACAUACUGUUAUAGGAUUCUCUAACCUGAUUUUAAUCUUGAUUGCAUCAGAGAGACUUCUUAUGAAAAUGCGAAUGAGACGAAUUGGGUCCUCUAGCGUGCUUAAUACGAAGCAGAAACCUAAAAAGAGUGAAACAAGCCAAACCACGUCCAGUGUCCCGAACGAUCAAUCAGACUGUAAUUCAACGGAUGAUAUGGGAUUAAACCUGAAGUCACAACCAAUAAACAAUAAGCACAACAGGUACGACCCUGGAAAAACUUUCAAUUUUUGUUUUAAAAAGAAUGGAUUUCCAGUCAAAAGUGCUGAUUCCGAAACUGAUUCAGGAGCUAUAUCAGUAACAAUGACAAAAUUCACAUCGAACAAAGAUAUCCAUGGCAAGCAAAUGAGAGCACUUAGUUUUGACACUGACACAACAGGUGUAGAUAGUGAACCGGAAAAGGCCAAUGGAAGAAACGACAGA